CUUUUACCCACAUAUUACCAACUUCUAAAAUGGUAAAAAACUUGUUGCUAGACAUUGAAGGAACAGUCGGAAGUAUUUCAUUUGUUAAAGAAAACUUGUUUAGUUAUGCGGAAAAGCGUUACAAGGAUUAUGUUGAACAAAACUAUAACAGUGAUGAACAUUUACAAGCUUUAGGAAAUUCUCCAGAGUCUGCAUUGAGUAACAUUCAGAAAUUACAUGCAGAAGGAAGCAAACAGCUCCAUUUCAAGCAUGUUCAGGGCAGCAUCUGGAAAGAUGGCUAUCAGAAAAAUGAACUUGUUUCUCACUUAUUUCCAGAUGUCAUUCCUGCCAUUGAGCGUGCCUUGCAGUCCGGAGCCAAAGUCUAUAUAUAUUCUAGUGGAAGUGUUCCUGCACAAAAAAUGUAUUUUGCCCAUACAGCUUCUGGAAACAUCUUGUCCUUUUUUUCUGGUUUCUAUGAUACAAAUGUCGGAUUGAAGACCGAAAGCUCUAGCUAUAAGAAGAUCAUUGGAGACUCGAAUCCUCGCGAAUGGUUGUUUUUGAGUGACAAUAUCAAAGAGUUACAGGCUGCUCAAAAAACUGGUCUUCACGUCGGCUUAGUUGUUCGACCAGGGAACGAUAUUGUCUCGGAAAAUGACGGCAUUCCUGUAUACCAUUCUUUCGACUACCUGUUUACAGAAUGAGCUUUUGAGUUAUUAUUACUGUAAAGAUGGUGUUCUCGUCCAAUUAUGAAUUAAGUUGCAAAUGAACUGUCUCCAUCACAAACGCUACAAAAAUCCCAAUCCGACAUGUGGAGAAGUGUUAAAAGUAUGCUUUCAUUUACGAAUUACAGCAAGCAACCUGAAAAUGGAAUCAUUUACAACUUUUUUUUGGAGGUUGUCAUGAAGUAUGAAACUCAUUUCCUAUGUCUACCAGCAACUAUGAAUAUGCAUUUCAAAGACUUUUUGUUCAUGCAAUGUCUUAACCAAGGUGUCCUUCCAAAGAGUUUCUACAUUAAACCCGCCAAACUAUCCCAAUUCGUAGCAAUAUCUAACGAAAUAGUAAAUAAAUAUAAAUCAAUACUCGUAGAUUCUUUUCUCUUUUCUUAUUUACACGGUUUUGUCCCCCUCAAUAAAAAUAAUGGUACCUCUUUACUAUGAUAUACUCAC